AUGUAUAAGGUUUUAUCAUUACUUUUUGUACUAUUAUCCGUCAUCUUUGCAGUGCAAGCUUGUGCUGGCGACUAUGACCCCUCCAAGGUUACCAUCGGCGGUAACUGUCCAGCUACUUCCUUUGCUCAAUGGAAGCAACUCGACGAAGGAGUCGUUCUUAAUCCAACUGAUAUCCCAAUUGAUGAAUUAGUUAUCCAUCAAGCUGGUAUGGCUCAUGUUAUCGAAGUUGCCAAGGCUUUGAACAAAAAGUUUGUCGCUUCAAUCUACUUCCCAAAUGGCACUCUUGCUUGCAUCGGUGUCAACACUGGUAGUCCAAACAUGAUUGCUCACGGUGAGACUGUUGCCAUCAACAACUGUACCGCCCUCUAUGGCAUCAAGAGCUUCACCAACUUUACCCUCUACACCACUGGAGAGCCAUGUGCCAUGUGCGCUGGUGCCCUCGUCUGGGCUGACUUCAAGACCAUCGUCUGGGGUACCUUCAACAGAGACUUGUACUGUAAGAUCUGUAUGUCCAACAUCCCAAUGGACUCUUCUUACAUCUUUGCCCGUGCCUUUGGUUUGGGUGCCAACAAGGCCCCAAGAGUUAUCGGUGGUGUCUUGAGAGCUCAAUCUGACGCUUGGUUCGGUUCAUACUGCAGUCGUCCAACCUCGAUCUACUACAUCAAGCCCGAAUGUGCUUGCAACAAGGCCAUCUCUGUCUCACAAAGAGUCGUCACCUCGUACUCUGGUUACACCCAAUUCGAAGUAUCUUUGGUCAACUAUGGUCCAGCCGUCCAAGGCAUGAUCGUCCAAUCCGACUACACCCUCGGUAACAACGACAUCUGGACCCUCAACAGCACCCUCGCUGCCUCUGGUGUCGCUCCAAACACCUACACUUUCUACCCAUACAAGGAUCUCUUCAACGCCAAUGAAGUCCUCACUUUUGGUUACAGAAUCCAAGGUUCCUAUGCUGCCAACUUUACCUUGCAAUUCAACUAUGCUUCAUAA